CAAAGCAAAGCAAAGCAAAGCAAAGCAAAGCAAAGCAAAGCAAAGCAAAGCGAACGAACCACCGGCACCAAAGUGAUACCGGUAUGCUAUGGCAACUUGGAGCUGAACAAGAUAGACCUACAUAGUCUAGCUACCGGUACUAGCUAGCCUUUGACGAUUUACAGCUGUCCUUUUGCUCGUCAUUGGGCUCCGCUCAGCUGGCCUUUCUUUACUGGGCUUGGGCUCGUCCUUGUGCUUCGCGAAGCAAUCCUGCAGCACUUUGGGGCUCCGCCCGCGAGAGAUCGACGAGUGUUUUGCUGCCGGUAGCUUUUGGGAUUCUCAUCUCCCAACUUCGCAACCAAGUUGAGAACAUCGAAUCCGCGACCAACAUUCAAUCGUACUUAAGACCGGCUUUCAUUGGACCAGCUCUGCCGGAAGCUGGCACUGCUAUUCUUUGCCACCACAAAGGAUUGCAUCCAUGUCCCUACAUCAGCUGCCCGCCACAGUGCCUCCUGCUUCCUCCCUUUUACCACAAAAAGGUUUCCGGCACCACAUUUUGCUUCUGAGAAUCGAAUCCACAAGCAGAAUCCAAAGCUACCGGCCAUCAAUAAUAUCCCAUCAAACAAAUAAUAGAUCAAAAGGUAAAUCAACAGGAUACCCUCAUUAUCUAUUUUCCUGGCCUUUUGAAAGCAGAGUAGUUGAUCCUCACUUUCACAAAUCUUCCCCAACCAGGAAUAAUUUAGUAUCGAACCAAAAAUGUUGGCUCCCAGUCAGCUCUGUGCCGCCUUUUGGCUGGCAUUCUCCAUUAACUCGGCAUCUACCUUUCUACCAAGACCAUCAUUGGUCAGCCCCAGCAAAAUUUCCUCUUCUGCGCUUGAAGCCGAAAAGAAGAAAGUUGUGGUGGUUGGAAAUGGUAUGGUGGGUCAGCGUUUCAUGGAAAAUCUCCUCAAGAUUGACACAGACAAGCAAUGCCAGAUUGCCACCUUUUGUGAAGAGCCUCGUGCUGCAUACAACCGUGUCAAGUUGACUUCUUACUUUGAAACUCGUGACCCUUCAGCUCUGUCCAUGACAUCCGAGUUCGAUGAAGGAGGUCGCACUGUCUGGUACGAUGAGAAUGGUGUCGAAUUGUUGCUCAAUGAUAAAGCCGUUGCUGUCGAUACCGAAGCCAAGACUGUCACUGGUGCUUCUGGAAAAACAAUCCCCUAUGAUGUUUGUGUCAUGGCCACGGGAAGUUUCCCAUUUGUGCCACCCAUUCCUGGAAAACAAAGACCUGGUGUCUUUGUCUACAGAACCAUUGAGGACUUGGAGGCAAUGCUCGCAUACGCCAAGGAACACAAUGUCCAAAGUGCCGCUGUCAUUGGAGGUGGUCUUCUGGGUCUGGAAGCUGCCAAGGCUGUCAAGGACAUGGGUGUCAAAUCUCACAUUAUUGAAUUUGCUCCCAUUCUCAUGUGCCGCCAAAUUGACCAAGGAGGACACGAUGCCCUUGUGGGAACAAUUGAAGAAAUGGGUCUAGAAGUUCACUGCAAUGCUCGCACAGAGUCCUUUGUUGGAGAAGAUGGUUCCACCGAUCAUGAAUCCGACUCACCUGUGUCAGCUCUUCGAUUCAGCAAUGAGGACUGGGAUGAUUUGCCGGUCCAAAUGGUCGUUGUCAGCUGUGGUAUCAAGCCUCGUGAUGAAUUGGCCCGCAGUGAUACCUCCAAAAUGGAUGUUGGUGAACGCGGUGGAAUUGUGGUCGAUGACCAGCUGCGAACUACCGCCGAUGGAGUUUAUGCCAUUGGAGAAAUUGCUCUCCACAAGAAUUUUAUCUACGGUCUCAUUGCACCUGGUUAUGUCCAUGCCGGAGUUGCUGCUGAAUGUGUUGCACAAGACCUCGGUAUCAAGACCAUUGAGGGCGACUUGCCUGCCUUUACUGGUGCUGAUAUGUCCACCAAAUUGAAGCUCUUGGGAUGUGAUGUUGCUUCCUUUGGAGUCAACCAGCCCAAGCCUGAUGAUGAGGAUGUCACUGAAAUGGUCUGGAACGACCCUAUUGCACAAGUCUACCGCAAGCUUAUCUUCAACAAGGCUGGAACCAAACUUCGUGGUGGAAUCCUAGUGGGAGACGCCUCUGACUACGCCACUCUGCACAAGUUGGCACUCACUGAUGAAUUGGACCUUCCCGAGAACCCUGGAACGCUUUUGCCACCCCCUUCGGCGCGCAUGGGAGAAAUUGUUGAAGCUGGUCCCUCCACUGACCCCGCUGCUCAAAUCUGCUCUUGUAACGAUGUCACCCGUGGACAGAUCACCGAAGUCAUCCAUGAACUUGGCGUAGAUGGAGCCACCUUGGGAGCCGUCAAAAAAUGCUCUCAGGCUGGAACUGGAUGCGGUGGAUGUGAACCUGAUGUCAAGAAAAUUUUGGCACAAGAGCUCGAGAACAUGGGAGGAAGCCUCUCCAACAACUUGUGCGAGCACUUCGACUAUGCCCGUGCAGAACUCAUGGCCCUAGUCCGAACUGAUGCCGAUCCAUCCUCAGUUGAUUCUUUCGAAAAAAUCUUGGCCAAGCACGGACACGGUGAUGGAUGUGAAGUGUGCAAGCCCGCCGUUGGUUCCAUGUUGGCAUCUCUCUACAAUGAUGUCAUCAUUGACGACGGCCGCAACGCCCUGCAAGACACCAACGACCGUAGUAUGGCCAACAUGCAACGCGGAGGAUCCUACUCUGUUGUUCCCCGUGUUCCUGGUGGAGAACUCUCUCCUGAUCAACUCAUUGUUAUGGGAGAAGUUGCCAAGGAAUUCAACCUCUACACAAAGAUUACCGGAGCCCAGCGUGUGGAUCUCUUUGGCGCUGCCAAGUACCAGCUUCCCGACAUUUGGGAAAAGUUGGGCGAAGCAGGAUUGGAGUCUGGACACGCCUACGGUAAGGCUCUCCGUACUGUCAAGUCCUGUGUUGGAUCCACAUGGUGCCGAUAUGGAGUUCAGGAUUCGGUCUCCUUUGCAGUCCGUGUCGAGAACCGAUACAAGGGUGUGCGAUCUCCCCACAAGAUGAAGAGUGCCGUGUCUGGAUGCACCCGUGAAUGUGCCGAAGCGCAAUCAAAGGAUUUCGGCAUGAUUGCGACCGAAAACGGAUACAACUUGUACCUUGGUGGAAAUGGCGGAACCAACCCAGUCCACGCGCAGCUGUUUGCUACUGACAUUGAUGAAGACACCGUCUUGAGAUACUUGGACAGAUACCUCAUGUAUUACAUUCUCACAGCUGACCGAUUGGAACGUACAGCCCCAUGGCAAGCCAAGUUGCCUUCCGGAAAGAACGGCGGUGGCCCCAUUGAGCACUUGAAGGAGGUUAUCAUUGAAGACUCUCUUGGAAUUUGCGAUGAAUUGGACAGUCGCAUGCAACACUUGGUUGACACUUACCAUGAUGAAUGGGCUGAGGUUGUCAAGGACCCCGCAAGGCGCGCUCAGUUCAAGCAAUUCGUCAACACUGACGAGAACAUUCCCAAGGACUCCAUGAUUGAAUUUGUUGACAUUCGUGGCCAGUUGCGCCCUGCUGACUGGCCCAAGGACGGCCAACCACAAACCAUGUGGAAGCCUCCUGCCGAUGAUGUCUUUGCCAACUCACCAAAGUCUUGGGUCAAGGUCGGAAAGACCAGCGAAUUUUUGCCCAAUGUUGGUUCCCCCAUCCUUUACGGAGAGACCCAACUUGCUGUCUUCAACAACGUGCAACGUGGAGAAUGGUACUGCACACAAAACAUGUGCCCACACAAGCAGGCGUUUGUAUUGUCCCAGGGUAUCAUGGGAGAUGCUGCUGGAACCCCCAAGGUUGCCUGCCCCUUGCACAAGAAGCAAUUCGACCUGGAGAACGGCCAGGAACUUGGAGGAGAGUUGUCCAUCACUAUCUUCCAGAUCAAGAUUGAAGGCGACGACGUUUUGGUAGAGCUGCCAUCGGAGGAAGAAGUCGAUGCCAUUCUGGGAACCAGCGGGCUUCGUGUGGAAAAGUCCGACUGUGUGGAUCUUGCAGCCGAUGCCUUGAAGGUCCCUACGCGAGAUGUGUCCAAGCUGUCUGGUUCAUCCAGCUCGAGCCGAUCUGGUACAACCGUGCUCAACGCCAAGGCUGGAAACAGCACAGAUGUGGAGCCAUCCGACUGAAAGAUGGAUGUGCGUUCGUAGAUUUAGAAGAAGGAAUGGAUGCCAGGGCUGCCAUCCAAACGUUCCUGCCUGUCCUGAAUUCGUGGCAGGACGCCGAUAUAUAGAUAAUCUGUAUUAGCGAAAAAUACUGUCCUGU